CUAGCCAUUUUUAAUGUUAAAUGCAUAAAUCAUAAACGACUUAAUUUACUAAUUAAAAAUGAAAAGAAACAUGUUUUCUUUCUUGAGCGGACCACUGUGUUUGAGAGGUCUCAUUGGGUUAGCGGGUGAAAGUGAGUCAUCUUGGACCCUCCAAGUAGUAGUAGCUAGACUCGUUUCAAAACAAGAAAGGUGAAAUCAUUUUUUCGUGCACCCAACCUUAGACAAGGUCGAUCUGACGUCUAAGAUAGUCGCGAAUCUUACAAGUUCCUAGGGUAUCAAAACCUGAGUGAAGAAUUGGGAUGUCACCCAUUAAAGUUUUGCACCUUGAUCCAUCCCCUGAAUGCAGCAGCUACAUUCAAAUUGUGGGCGAAUGUGAGUGCGCGGAGCUCUUUGUGACACCAGUAGAAAAGGGUAUAUAAAGUUUGAAAAGUAGUGAAAGGAAAGCGUAGGAUGAUCAUAGAUAGUCCUCCUACUCUUUUAUUGUCAUAGCUAAUACAAUCCUUUUGUAGUGAAGAGUGGGCAUGGAAUCCUUUUGCCCAAACCUGAUAAUCGACAAACAGGAAAGGAAUAUUCUAAAAGAUUUAACCGGAGAAUUCCUACCGCCCAGAAUGUGAAAAAAGAUGUGGCUCUAAUUAACUUCACCCGCCAUUUAUUUCAGAUUUUCCAUAAUCCUCGCAUGUGAUAGGGAAUGCCGAUCGCAGAUUCAACUUUUAUCUUCACGGGUCUCUCUGCCCUACCUCAUCCCCUACUUCUCAGCAACAACAAUGCCAGAAAAUUCGGGACCACAUCGGCAAAACGAACCGGCGAUUCCGAUUCCGAUUCCAUUUCAUCGACGCAACUCAAAUUUCCAUCGCUGAGAGUUGCAAAUCCACUCCUCGCCCGAUCUGUCGUUGCGGUACUCGGAUUAGGGUUCGUCGAUGCAGGGUACAGUGGCGAUUGGUCUAGAAUUGGCGCCAUAACCAAGGAGACUGAAGAUUUGUUGAAGAUUGGAGCUUUCUUGGUGGUUCCCUUCUGCGUAUUUCUGAUUUUUUCUUUCUCCGAACAGACGGAUUCUUCGUGAGUGUACGGACGAUGCAUCGUGUAGGUUCUAUGCAUUUUCAAUCAAUUUUAAAUUAUUGUUAGUUUA